UGCGCCAAAAUAAUAAAUAAAAAAAAUGCACCAUCUUACUCCAAAUAUCUUCGUCAAAGUCCCUCGUGUUUCCCGAAUAUGUUACCAUGGUUUAUAACCAUUAACCAGAGGUAAAGAAACCUUAGUGCAGCUCAUUGACACGUAUUGUCCGCUUUGGGCCUAGUUCAGCACGAAUUUAUUUUUCAGGUUACAGUCCCGAAAGCGCAUGUAAGCGCGCAUAUCAUAUGAGUUUGUGUCAUGCCUUAUAAAAUUUUUCGCUUUCCUAUCUCAUUUCGACGUGAGAUUCCCUGCAUAAUAUGCUGUCAACCUAAAAAGUAAAAGAUGAAUCCUAUUUCGAUGUGGGAGUCGCCGGUCUUGAUUGACCCGCUCUCCAAAGCUUGUCCUAUAAAUGUAGCAAGAGUUUCUACACCCUUUUACUCCAUUAACUCAAUGGCAAGCUUACUCUCUACCCAAAGCUCUCCUUUACUCACAAAUGGUGACACCAAUGAAACAAGCCACAAAAAUCACCAAGAUUUUCCUGAUAUAAUUCUCUCUGAGCUUCCAAAAGAAAGAGGUUGGUUGAGUGGGCAUGUUCACCAAUACAAAGAAUUUUGGUAUCCCACAGGAAUACUCCACGGUCUUAUAGCUCUUCAGCAACACUUUAAGCCAAAGCCAAAUGAUGUCUUAUUAGCCAGUUACCCAAAAUCUGGCACAACAUGGCUCAAGGCCCUUCUUUUUGCCAUUACAAACCGAACAAAAUAUGAUUAUAAAACACACCCUUUGCUCUCUUCAAAUCCACAUGAGUUAGUACCCCAGUUAGAGGCCUAUGCAUUUAAGCACCCAACAAAUCCAACACCAAACACUUCUCUUAUGCAUUCUCAUCUUGCUUUCAAUUCUUUACCAGAGUCUAUAGUAGGUGGUGAAGACUCCAACUCCAAGUGCAAAAUAGUAUACGUGUUUCGUGACCCAAAAGAUGUGUUAGCUUCUUGCUGGCAUUUUGUGCAGAAAUUAAGACCCAAAGAUGUGCCUCCCAUUUCUCUGCAAGAAGCUUUUGAUCAAUUUACUAAAGGGUGUUCCCCCUUUGGUCCAUUUUGGGAUCAUGUAAUGGGAUAUUAUAAAGCCAGUUUAGAAUUUCCAAAGAAGGUGUUUUUCUUGAGGUACGAGGACUUGAAAAAAGAUCCAAUCUUUCAUGCAAAGAAAUUAGCAGAGUUGUUGGGACAGCCUUUUUCUUUGGAGGAAGAAAGUGAAGGCAUUGUAGAGAAAAUAACAGAACUUUGCAGCUUUGAGAAGCUAAGUAGUUUGGAGGUGAAUAAAGAUGGUACACACACUGGAUUUUUUAUCCCUACUAUUGCAAACAACAUAUUUUUCAGACAAGGCAAAGUGGGUGAUUCCAAGAACCAUCUUUCAGAGGAGAUGAUUAAGGUUAUGGAUGAAAUCACAAAACAAAAGUUGGUUUUUGAUUUGAUGAACACAUCUUUUUCUCCCCAACAAAAUGGUAAAGGGAUUGAGUCGGACAAGAAUCAUUGCGACUAGCACGUAUUUUUUUCAUUAGCAAAAUUUCCAAUAAAUUGAAUUUCCUUUUACUCCUCUUUACCUUUUUGUUUAUCCCCUCACUAGGGUAGCUUGUAGUUCGUUCUUGAAUCCAAUAAAUGUGGCUUAUUCUCAAGUUGUGAAUUGUGAUAGGUGGCAAUCCUUUAUCUCCUUCCUGGUGAAUCAUUUUGGUCUAAGGAAAAGAUUGAGGUUCUCGAAUGUGAAAAAGGGGCUGUUUAUUUGCUCAAAAUUUAAUACCCCUUCAAUUUCACUUGUAAGUGCUACAUAGUUUAAUUAGAUACGAAUUUAAAAAAAUUAAAGUUCUGAAAUUUUUAAUCUUUCCUCUUUCUCCUUCUUCCUCACCCCUUAUCCUUCCUCACUAUGGAACCACCAAAAUCCUUCACCAAAUAGCCCCAAGUUUUAGAUAUAGACUCCAUAAAUUGGACCCAACAAAAUUCAGCAACACCCACUCGAAAUAGUAGCGCCAUUUAUCGAUAAUGGUGUUUGCUGGAUUCUUCACCACCAUGAGUGUGUAAUCACGUUUUCAACCUUUAACCAAUAUUAACAAAUGAAUUUUAGUAGCUAUUGCUCAAGCAUACUGGAUUCGAACCAACAAUAAACCCAACAAAUUUGAUUUUCCGAUUUUAAGUUCUCGGUUCUUCAUGGCUUUUAAAGUGACAGAAAAUAACGUAAAAGAGAAGAAAGAGUAUGCUUUAAACAUCAC